AAAACUUUUUCCCUCACCCUAUUUCCUUUUGUUUUUCACAUCAUAAAGGUCUAGGAAUGCGAGUCGGCAAAAGAAUGGAUUAAGGUGUAAGACAUCAAUUAGCCUGAUAUUCUACAUCGAAGAACCUAAUGGAUUUAUAAGUACGAGGAGGAAGCGAAUGCGCUCUUUUGGGACAGCUUUCAAUAGAACAUGGAGCUCUGCCCUUCUGGCUGUACUAACGAGGAAAGGCACUUCACUGCCUUAAUCCCUUAAACGGAACAGUUAAUCGUAUAGCAGGAGGAAUUACAGCUUUCUUUCUGUCUGCUAGUCAGGAAUGGAAUCUGACGCUACGAAUACGAAGGGGGGAUUUAUCGAAUAAUUAUUAGACAAAUAGGGCACUAGAACGCUAUUCUUCCUCCUUCCCCGCUUAGGCUUUAGAGGCUUAGGACAUUAGCUGUAAGACUUCCAACCAUUAGCAAGGUAGCAAAAGAAGUAGCAGCAGUGGAAGUCAAAGUAGUUAUAGCAGAAUCAUUGGCACGCUAGGCCCCUUCUCUAAGAGAAAAUAGGGCGGGCUGUCUACUUGAAAGGACAUCUGAGAUGGCAUCAAGCCGAGCACAAAAGAGAUCUGGGCAGCUAGUAAGGAGGACUGUGAAGCCUUCUAGCAUAGGUGAUGCCUCCCCGGGAAGGCAUUUUCAACCCGGCUCUCUUCCUGUCAGUUAGUGGUACUGGCUUUGACGCCACAAGUCUGUAUAGUUUGUGCAUUUUGCCCAGCUCUGUGCUGUAAAUAAUAUAGCUGAUGGCGCGGACUCAGAUUAUGUAGACGAGAUCACAGAAUCGAAGGA